AUGAAACAUAAGGUGACUUGGUGCAGCACAUUCAGUUGCCUGGAUACAUCACAAAUUAGAGGUUCAGCUGGGUUCCAUGUUGCUGAAAACUCUUCGACAGCCCAAGACCGGUUUCGGCCUUCUUGUGGCUCAUCGGUUUGGUUUUCACGAGAGACGCAACUGAAUCUCUCGUUCAUGAUAUUCUACAACUGGAUGUGCUGCACACAGGCCACCUCAUCAUUCAGUUGGCACGAUAUUCGAGAUAUUGCAGAAUAUUUUCAUAGAGGAAACUACUCACAAAUUUAUAUUUGUAAUGUACUACUCACAAGUGUGGUUCGUAAAUUUGAUGCAAAGACAGUUGUACUCGUAAAGGAAACUACUCACAAGGUUGCUGAAAACUCUUCGACAGCUCACGACCGGUUUCGCCCUUCUUGGGGCUCAUCAGGUAGACACAGUCCCCGAGUUUCCGUCAACCCAAAUUGGACUGUUUUCGAGAAAUACACUCAUUUGCAAAUCAAUUUGGUUUUCAUGAGAGACUCUACUGAGUCGAUCUCUCGUUUAUGUUAUUCAACAACUGGGUGUACUGCACACAGGCCGCCUCAUGUUUCAGUUGGCACGAUAUUCGAGAUGUUGCACUGUAUAUUUUCACAAAGGAAACUACUCACAAGGUUGCUGAAAACUCUUUGGCCAUGUAGAGACGAAAAAUUUCGGUUUGUGCGUUCGAACGGUGCAUUUUUGGGUGAAACCCUUGGUGGUUGGACAGUACUGAUUUAUCGAAUAUACACUCAUUUGCAAACUAAUUUGGUUUUUCGAGAGACUCAACUGGAGCCCAGCUGGAUCUCUCGUUUGCAACUGAAUGUGCUGCACCAGGCUGCCUCAUGUUCCAGUCGCUACUAUAUUCGAGAUAUCGCGAUACAUGCAUAUCUUUGUAAUGUACUACUCAUGGGGUCGCUGAAAAUCCGUCGACAGCCCACGACCGAUUUCGCCCUUUUUGGGGCUCAUCAGCCGCAGUCCCCGAGUUUCCAUCAACCUUAUGUUCUACUUGAAACCAAAGUGCACGAAAUUAGCGAAUAUACACUCAUCUGCAAACUGAUUUGGUUUUUAGAGAAUGCGCGCUUCUUGAACCGAUGCUGGCGUUCGCAACUGCUACGGAAUUUCCUGGAUGUAUUCUUGGUGUCCAAACAGAUUUUUGUAUACUAUCACGUCCUUCCGCUUGAUAGGACUAGGAACUGUUUAUACAACAUAAAAUGUAACGACUAUAUGAAGGUUUAUAUAGACAGAAUCGGUGAGCGUAAGAGCUCCAUUAACAGACCGCCGAGAAACGCAGAGGAAUGCCAGGCGUUAGUCAAAGAUUCAGGAAUGGCAGUGCAUGCUCUAGACACUGAGCAUAGGAUAGAUUUAGAAAAUGUGGACAUCCUGAGACGCGGUUUAAGAUUCACACCACAGCGACUGGUGGCCGAGGCGGUGGAAAUCGCCAAGCAUCCCAGUGUGAAUGGAAUAGAGGGAGUAGAACUGGCAAACGUCUGGAGAGCGGUCUUAGAUCAGCCGAGAUGA